AUGGAUAAGGUGUUUAGGGCAAAAGAUAUGGCAAGAAAGCAUGUAACUGGGGACUACACAAAACAGUUUGAGUUGUUGAGGGACUAUGCUCUUGAACUUCAAGCUACAAACCCAGACACAACAGUCAAAAUAUAUGUGUGUCCUAAUGGCAACCCUGCAUCCCCAACAAGGCAGUUUAGAAGGAUUUAUGUAUGCUUGGGUCCACUGAAAAAAGGUUUCAAAGCAUGUCUUAGAGACUUAGUAGGUUUGUAUGGUGCCUUCAUGAAAGGCCCAUUCCCUGGUCAGGUUCUUACAGUAGUUGGUCUAGAUUCCAACAAUGGAAUUUAUCCCUUGGUCUAUGCAAUUGUUGAGUCUGAAAACACAGCUAGCUGGAAGUGGUUUUUAGAAAACCUUGGGGAUGACUUGGAGCUUGGGAGCAACUCAAACUAUACUUUCAUAAGUGACAGGCAAAAGGGAUUAGAAAUUGCAGUUGAUCAAUUGUUUCCCAAUGCUGAGCAUAGGUACUGUAUUAGACAUAUUCAUGACAAUAUGAGAAAGAAGUGGGGGCAAACUGAGUACAGGGACCAUUUAUGGAGGUGUGCAUCAACAACCACCAUUCAUGAGUUUGAACAUUUGAUGAAAGAGUUUAGUGAGUAUGAUAAGGAGGCAUGUCAAUGGUUAAAGCAAAUUCCUCCUGUACAUUGGGCAAGGAGAAUAGCUGUUUCUGAUGUGUUGAUUUCAAACAUGUGUGAAGUGUUUAAUGGGAAGAUAGAGAAAGGCAGGGACAAACCUGUAAUUUCAUGUUUAGAGUUCAUCAGGGAGUAUCUAAUGAAGAGGAUAUGCAAUGUCAUGAAGGCAAUGAAGAAGGCUAAAGGUCCACUAACACCUAUAGCAACAGACAUCCUAGAUGCAAGGAAAAAAGGUGCUUCACAAUAUAUUGCUAGGUGGAAUGGGGCAAACAAGUAUCAAGUCACUGGAGCAUUGCAAGAUCAACAUGUGGUGGAUGUUAGGAACCAAACUUGUACUUGCAGAAAGUGGGAAUUAAUGGGAAUACCUUGCAGGCAUGCAAUUGCAACUCUGAAUGAAAUGAGCAAAGACCCUGAGGCUGAGCUUGACAUUUACAAGUGGGUACACAAGGUGUAUUGGCUAGAGACAUGGCAAAAAGCUUAUUCAUUUAAGGUGGAACCAAUUAAAGGGAGACCCAUGUGGCCUAAAAGUAAUUGUCCAACAAAGCUAAUCCCUCCUCCACAUCGCACUCAGGUGGGAAAGCCUAAGAAAAAAAGAAGACAAAGUGAGGGUGAAAGGUUAAGCAAAAGGCAGAAGGCAAGUCAAGGUGAUGGAGUCAAUGAGAUGCAAGGAGAACAUUCCCAAGGGCCAAAAAAUGAUGGAGUGCAGAAGCUAUCAAGGAAACAUAUCAGUGUUACUUGUAGCAAAUGCAAGAAUAAGGGACACAACUCUAGGACCUGUAAAGGGCAAUGA